AUGAAUCUCACAAAUGUCUCAUAUUUCAUAUUUUCUGCUUACUAUGACACUGGAGUCUUAAAAUAUUUAUUUUUCUUGUUGGUCCUGUUUCUGUAUGGACUUAUUAUCUGUUGUAAUGUUGUUCUGAUCGUGGUUAUCUGUGUGAACAGGAGUCUACAUGAACCUAUGUACAUGUUUCUGUGCAGCCUGUUUGUAACUGAGCUGUAUGGAAGUUCAGGCUUGUUUCCAUUCCUGCUGGUUCAGAUUCUCUCAGACGUUCACACCGUUUCUGUUCCACUUUGUUUCCUGCAGGAUUUCUGUCUUUAUUCAUAUGGAAGUGUAGAGUUUUUAACUCUUGCAGUCAUGUCUUAUGACAGAUAUGUUGCCAUUUGUUUGCCUUUGAAGUACAACACCCUGAUGACAACUAAUAAGACCGUUAGACUUGUUGUUGUCAUGUGGUGUUAUCCUUUUUUUACUGUUUUGAUUUUAAUAUCAAUGACUGCAAGUUUGCAGCUGUGUGGAAACAUUAUUAACAAGAUUUUCUGUGACAACUCCUCCAUCUUGAAGCUGGCAUGUUUUGACGUCUCAUUUAUCAACAUGUAUGAAUUUGUUAACAUGUUCCUCGUCUUCUUUUUCCCUGCAGUGUUGAUAUUUUGCACAUACAUGAGCAUAAUCAGAGUGUGUUUUUCUGGAUCCAAACAGACCCGACAGAAAGCUGUCAGUACCUGCACUCCUCAUUUAAUUUCUCUGCUCAACUUCUUUUUGGGUUGUUUUGUCGAUGUUUUAGAAAACAAGAUGAACAUGAACGGUGUUCCCAGCGUGCUUCAGGUUGCAGGAAACUUUGCGUCUGCUUAUUUUAUGACAUGUCAAACGCUCUUUAACCCUAUUUUAUAUGGAAUGAAACUGUCUAAAAUACGUAGUUCUUUUAAGAGUCUUGUUGAUAAAAUUCAUCUUUAA